AUGGAGAAACAUCCCACUGGUGGAGUGGCAGGCGUGCAGGCCCCCUACGAAAACCAGCGUCCCAUUCCAAAAAUUGCAUUGGAUACUUCAAUAUUGACCAACAAAACUCCCGCAGUCAUUUGCAAAGAAGCCCCAUCUUCUAUCUGCCAGCAGAGCUUCUCGAAUGCUCCGCCGACGGACACUAACUCAAAGACCUCGACUUCUACAAAAUAUUGGUGCAAUUCCUCGACUCAGCCCAUGGACAAAAGCUCAAACUCCUCAACUUCGACAUACUAUUCUCGCCCCUUCGAAGAUUCAAAAAAUGAAAGACGAGUAUCCAUCGAAAAACUUCAGCUUGGUCCGCUGACGGAAGAAAGCGUGAACAUCCUCGUCGAGUCGGACGGAAUCAUCAGAAACUUUCUCGUCCACACCCAGUUACUCUGCCACUUCUCGCCCUACUUUCGAUCGUUCUUUGGAAAGAGAGAGCCGAAAGUCUUCACCACAGAAGUCCAGACUUCCAAGUACACCAAUGAGCUGGACUUUGAAAGUCAUGAAGAGGAUAAAACCAAAGAUGAAGGCAGGGUUGCGAUUGCUAUUAAGGUCAAUAUCCCAACUGCCAAAGUCCAGCAGGGUUUCCGUCUUCCUGGCGCGCUCGGCGAUGUCAAGCACGCCGUUUUUGCCACAUUUGUUGACUGGUUGUACCUUGGACCUGGAAAAUUUGAGCCAAAGGAUGCCAACAAGGCCAACCAGCUUCUCAUCCCUUUGUGGGUCCUCGCCGGUCGUCUUGGAAUAUCAUCCUGCCAGAAUGACUGCAUCGCUGCCAUUGAAGACAAUCGCAAGCGGAACCGCACGAUCACAACAAGCAUGAUUGGAUGGGUCUACAGCAACACAAGAGAAUAUGGAAAGAACAACUGCGGCCUGAAGAAUCUGCUCGUAGAUCAGUGUGCCCUGGCGUUGGAUGAAAAGUGGCUUCUGGAGGGGAUGCAACAACCUGGCUUCGCAGAGCAGUUCACUACGGAGUGUUUAUUUGACAUCAUUGCUAGGAUGAGAUUUCUGCUGCGAGAUUCUGGUCUUGGUGAAGGUUCAUUGGCCAUCUCACCAAGAAGUCGCCGAUACUGGAUUGAGGAUGGAGAGGGAAACACAAUUUGA